UGAAAACCUAACGGUCCAAAGUGACAUGAAAAAGAGAGAUUUGAAGUGCGAGUCCCAGCUGACAGAGAUAGACAAGAGCGAGGAGAGAGAGAUAGCAGAGAGGAAUGGUGCUAAGGGGGCAACUUUGUCAAACUGCUUCUCAGGUCACUGCAUGAACUGUAACUGCCAUGAGCAGCUUGGGGAACCUGUGAGUGACUGUCUUUUUUAACAGAGACGAUCUUGAGCAUAAAAAAAACGAAAAGACAAAAGCUGUCUACUGCUGACUACUACCCAAGUGCUUGAUGGCUGCCACCCAGGCUGUGCUCCCUUCCUUCAGCUCCUUCUCAAAUGUCUCUGACAUGAACGUGUGGACGUGUGAAGGCGGAUCGCCACCUCCGGGCUUCGAGCAGCUGCAUGUCUCCCAGCAGAAGAGUGAGGAGCUUCUCGACGACGACAGCCAGGCUUCCUGGGACAUCGAGCUGCUGCUGUCUGAGUGGAGCGAGCCCUCACCGGACCUCAGCCCUUCCCUGGACCGCAGUGAUGAGAGCUGCCAACAACAACUCGACCAAGACACAGUGUACCAAGAGGCAGGCAUGCUUAAGGACCAAAUGGGUCAUGAGCAGAUGGACUGUACUCUCACUGCCGACUUUAUGUCAUCAUUCCAGCAACAAGCGUACCAUCAAGGUUACAGUAAUGAUCCGGCAGGUCGAACCUCAGCUGCCAAUCAUGUCGAAUAUGGUUUCUCGCAGGAAAGACACAGAACAGGGAGCCUUAGUGAGGUGCCGGCAUGGGACUUCAAUACGUAUUAUCCCCCACAGCACCCUUCUUUGGUGGCUUUCCCUGAUAGCAGGUUCAUCCCACUCCAGGCCGCGACCUCCGACCCUCUGCACUACAACUACCCCUCCCACUUUGCCCACAGUGCUAGCCUUUUCUGUGACUACACCCACAGCCAAGCCUCGGGUCGUCUGGCCGUACAGCAACAGAUCGUAAGACCGCAGCUGCCCCCUGGUGGGACGGAGGGGAAACGUGGGCGAAAGUCGACUGGUAAAAAGAAGACCGCCAUCCACAGUUGUGAAUACCCAGGCUGCAGCAAGACCUACACCAAGAGCUCGCACCUCAAGGCUCACCUCCGCACACACACAGGGGAAAAACCGUACCAGUGUUCAUGGGAAGGCUGCAGCUGGAAGUUCGCCCGCUCUGAUGAGUUGACACGUCACUUCCGCAAGCACACGGGCCAAAAACCCUAUGAAUGUGUGCUCUGUCAGAGAGCCUUCUCCCGUUCUGACCACCUGGCUCUGCAUAUGAAGAGACACACCUGAUGCCCAGGAUGACGUCCAUUAGGUCGCCACUCCCAUAGAUGCCAUUGGAGAUGUUACACAAUUCCAUGUAAUGGUAUUGUUGGCCAGAUAUCCAAAGCAGGAGGAGGAUUAAAGCAGCUGCAGCAGAGUUGCCGACAGAGAGCAACUGUGACCCCAACUGCAUGGAAGGAGAAAGAGCAAGAGGGGCCAUUGUUGGUAGUGUCCUGAUUUGAACCGACACACAGACACACACAUGCACACAGUCGUAGUAAUGGAAGUAGUACCAUUAGUGUUUACUAAUAGAGACUUUAAGUGAAACUCCAGUACAUGCACACACACACCACCAUGGUCAAACACAUUUGCCGAAGUUCAUCAUGUUGCUGUCAUAGCAUGGAAACUUUGACAGCUGGCCAAGAGACAGAGAGGUCAGUGUACAGCAUGUGUAUGUGGAGGGAGUUUGCCAGCAGGCUGCUUAUACAACAACAAUGGAGGCUUUUGUGUCUAUGGACGCACGUGUGUGAGUGCGCAACCUUAGUUGAACCUUCAGCACUAUGCUGUUACUGUCCUCACAUGCUCUGUUUAUAUGUGAAUGUGAUUUAACAAAUCUCACUUCAGACUAUUAAUUUGCUAUCAUCUCUGUAGUGUUUUUUCUUUCAGUGGGGCUUAUUCAAUAUUUUUACAAUGCAUGACAUAGAUUAUAUUAUUGGGUGCUGACACUGCAAAUACACAUAGAAUUUAAUGUUGUGUCAUUGUUAAAAUGGCAAUACAGUCUUUGUUGGUUCCAAAUAAAAAUAAACAAGAUUUAUGAUUUUAAAAAAAUAUAUCACCCAAGAGUUAAAUAUAUAAGAGAAUGGGGAAGCAAAGUGAAGCAAAGAAACUAAAAGCGGGAAGUAAUUUUUAGGAGCAGAGCCACAGGCAGAUGACCUUCUGGGCCUCCACAAGUCUUCUCCUGCUCCACCAACAACUGAUUAAUUUGUGAGGAAACGCUUGUCGAUGACUUUUGACACGGGAGUUUAAUAGUGAGGUCUUAUGUUACUUUAAUUAAGUGGGGGGAAAAAACUUUCCCUCACCAUGUGUUUUUGUCUUUUGCCACUAGGUGGUGCUACCGCUGCACGCAUAACUCUUAGCCUGCAGUCCUUAUUGAUUCACUUGGACUUGGGAGUGUCUGAGUAUGACUGGACACUUUGCGGGCUGCACGACUUGCGACAGGUCCCACAGCAGGCCUUUAGUGCAGUGAUCACAGCGCCUCCUCCAGGCAUUUGGUUCGAGGCCUCCUGGUUGUCAGCUUUGCCUUUGGGGUGUCCACAAUGUGCAGUUUAAAUUCAUGCACGCUGGGGUGUUGUCCCGGGCCAUCUCCAAGGGAGCUAAGGCUAGCCCUCAUCCUCUGUGUGCUAUGUGAUGUUCCUCAUGAAAAUGUCCAUGCAUCUGUCCACUUUCAAGAGCCUCCAACACAAGCUUGGCUUUAAAGUUCCCAGCAGUGGCAAUACUUGUGGGAAAAUGUCUACACCAUCAGACAAAAGGCCCACUGAUGGGUUGCAGCUACAGACAAGCCAACCUUUUCCAGAUUAACACUUUGGACAGUUUCCAGGAGAAGCCAUCCGCAUGGGUCCGGAUGAGGGUCAUCUGAUUCCGGUGAGGAGUAUCAGAAUCCCUAUUCAGGGGAACCAGUUGUAAAAAGUCUCCGAUCAUCUGCUUCGCUCAAGAAGUGGCUCAACUCAAGCAGCUCUUCUUUCAGCAGCUGUUCUCCAAGACUGUGUAAUGAAGACAAUUAAGGUGACAAUUUUAGUUUUAGUUACGAACAAGGGCUGAACGGUUUAAAAAAACAUAAUCUAAUUGUAAUUUAUUUCCUCAAGAUUUGCAAUUUAUCAAUGUCCACUUUCCAUGCAUUUUAUUAAAGACACAAACGAUAUAUUGAUCUGCUUUACAAAAAACAAGAUUGGAUUCAUAUACACAAAUGUUUUGUUCUUAUAGGUCAGGCUAAAAUAAAGGUAUAUCAACUAUAACGUAAUUUACGAAACAUAUCUAUUGACUUAGUCAACAGCGACUUGCACUGGGACAACAUAAAAUACAAAGAAAAUUACUACAACAUUUAUCAAAGGAAUAAAUAAAUGCACUAUACGUAUGGAUAGAAUAAAGGCUGCCGAUUGACCGACACAAAACUUGACCUUACCUUGCUGCGGAUAUAUAAGUGGAAUGGUGCAGCCACAGGGAGACGAGCAAGACGCUGCAUGAGUCAUCCAUCACGUCAGACACAGAAAAGCUAUUUUUAUCUUUGAAACCACUUUUGUGGAGACAGAUUGACCAAUAAGCAGAAGAAAGACGAAGGUUCCGAAUAUAUUGAAAACUUGAGAGAGUACAAAUCGGAUAGCAAAAAGACAAUAUAGCUUUGAGAAACACUUCAAAUAAUCAAUUAGUGGUGGUUAGGGUAAAUACUUCAUUCUCAUAACAUUAGAAUUUAUUGCUAGGAAAUGGGAAUUUGGAUUCAAAUAAAAAUUAUGAAAUUUAAAAUGAUAUCAGUGCAUGUUUUCUUAAAUGUUCUCUUCUGUUAAGUGCAGAUGACAAGGGUACCAGGACUGACUUCAGAUCACAUCAUCAAAGACCCAGUGUUGUCAUUCAUCCAUUCACUCAUGCAUUCAUGCAUUCAUUCAUUCAGCCACACACGUGGAGACACAUGGGCGCACACAUGCACACGCACACCUUUGUUCUGGUGCAACCCCCCCCCACACACACACACACACCGGAAGUUGUUGGUUGCUAGGCAAGCACCGACAUCAGCCAGGGUAGCAAAGUGAUGGGGGUUGGUGAUUUCGACAACAUACUACCGGUGAGGGGGAGGAGUGAGACAAGUUCAAGGCCGCUGUUCCUAGCCAUGAUCUAAUGUAGCGUGUGCGGAUGGAUGCCUGCUAAAAAAUUCUGGUAGUGGUAAGGACUAAAAAGGAAACAACACAAACAAAAUGCUUUAAAACAAAAUAUGAACGGAAUCAUUUAAAUUCUAUCACCUUAAUCUGCCCUACCAAAUGCAUUCAAACAAUUAAGGGUAAAUAACGUCUGUCUCUACAGGAAGUUAAAUUAUCAAUAUGUUUCAAGAUAUUCUUACACUCAUCGCAAUUUUUAUCAUUAUAGCCCAAGAAUCGGUAACUUAGAUGCUGGAGGCGGUGGGCAUAAUUUGUCAUCAGUGUUGCUGAUAUGCAAGAUGAAAAUUUUAUUUUAAAUAUGUGCAAAUAUAGGUAGGAGACCCCGGGGACGACCCAGGACGCGCUGGAGAGACUAUGUCUCUCAGCUGGCCUGGGAACGCCUUGGGAUCCCCCGGGAUGAGCUAGAUGAAGUGGAGAGGGAAGUCUGGGAGUCCCUCCUGAAGCUGCUGCCCUCGCGACCCGACCCCGGAUAAGCGGAAGAAGAUGGAUGGAUAUGUGCAAAUAAAUGCUUUUUAAAUCUUU